AUGCACUCCUCUAUCAUGUUUCUCGCACUCUUCUUGGUGCGUGGCCUCGCUUUCGCCAAAUCCAUCACCCCCGGAACCGCACAGCUCACCCAGCCCUAUUACCCGCCAAAUGCAAACUGCUGGGAGUACAAAGUCCCCGUCACCAUCACCUCUGAGAACGUGGUAUUCAACUUUCCAGACUGGAAAGAUGACUAUGCUCUCCAAGACUUUCUAACGGCUGUAACGACACGAGAGAGUGCUGGAUACCCAAGCCCCAUCGUUGGUACGAAGAAUGAGACGGAAACUUACACUUUGGCCGCAUCUUUCUGCAUGCCAAAGCGUUCGGGCAAGAAGACUAUCAUUCUUGCCACUCACGGCAUUGGACAGGCUAGGACUCACUGGAACUCUGCCUAUGAGCCAGACGAGUACAACUUUGUCCAGCAUGCUAUUAGCAAAGGGUACUCGGUCUGGUUCUAUGACCGUCUCGGCACCGGCGAGUCUGACAAAGUCUCUGGUUUCACUAACCAGCUUCGAAAGCAAAAGGCCAUCCUCGUGCAGCUCGCAGAAAUGGUCAAGUCCGGCCAAUACACAGGUACCUUUGGGAAACCUGACAAGCUCGCUGUCAUGGGAUUUUCCUUUGGGUCGUAUAUCACACAUUUUGCCGUAGCGGAGAACCCAACCAUCGCCGAUGCCGCCAUCUUGACGGCCAUUAACUACAACACAACCGGAUUGAAUGUCAACGGCUUGAUUCGCUCUUUUGUUCCUCGAGUGGCAUCCCUCCAAAACCCCCGCCGUUUCGGAACCCUGGACCCUGGAUACUUGACCUGGGCCAUCACUGGAGAGACAGACUACAUUAUCUGCGAUGGAGACUGUCACGGUAUCUUUGAAGAACCGGCACGAACUAUCUGGAAGAAUGCUAAAUUUGAGCCAUACUUAUACCCACACGCAAGCCACAACAUUAAUUAUCACCACAAUGCUACCAGAGCUGAUAUUGACAAAUCGGGAUACAUGGUUGAGAUGGAUGGUUAUAACGGGGGAACAUAG